CGGAGGGAGAGCGCGGGAGCAAGAUGGCCACCACCAAGCGUGUGCUGUACGUGGGUGGCCUUGCAGAGGAGGUGGACGACAAAGUUCUUCAUGCUGCUUUUAUUCCUUUUGGAGACAUCACAGAUAUUCAGAUUCCUCUGGAUUAUGAAACAGAAAAGCACCGAGGAUUUGCUUUUGUUGAAUUUGAGUUGGCAGAGGAUGCUGCAGCAGCUAUCGACAACAUGAAUGAAUCUGAGCUCUUUGGACGGACAAUUCGUGUUAAUUUGGCCAAACCAAUGAGGAUUAAGGAAGGCUCUUCCAGACCAGUUUGGUCAGAUGAUGACUGGUUGAAGAGGUUCUCUGGAAAGACUCUGGAAGAGAACAAAGAGGAGGGGUCAGAGCCUCCCAGAGCGGAAACGCAGGAGGGAGAGCCCACUGCCAAAAAGGCCCGGUCAAAUCCUCAGGUGUACAUGGACAUCAAGAUUGGGAACAAGCCAGCUGGCCGCAUCCAGAUACUCCUGCGCUCAGAUGUCGUUCCCAUGACGGCAGAGAAUUUCCGUUGCCUGUGCACCCACGAGAAGGGCUUUGGCUUCAAGGGGAGCAGCUUCCAUCGCAUCAUCCCCCAGUUCAUGUGCCAGGGCGGCGACUUCACGAACCACAAUGGCACCGGGGGCAAGUCCAUCUAUGGGAAGAAGUUCGAUGACGAGAACUUUAUCCUCAAGCACACGGGACCAGGCCUGCUCUCCAUGGCCAACUCAGGCCCAAACACCAACGGCUCCCAGUUCUUCCUAACGUGUGACAAGACGGAUUGGCUGGACGGCAAGCACGUGGUAUUCGGGGAGGUCACGGAAGGCCUGGAUGUCUUGCGGCAGAUUGAGGCCCAGGGCAGCAAGGACGGGAAGCCAAAGGAGAAGGUGAUCAUCUCCGACUGUGGGGAGUACGUGUGAGAGGCACUUUCUCUGCACUGCGCCUGUGUAUCCAGGAGUCGAUGGCCCCGGGGAUCCAGCACUUGUUAACGGGGUCUGUGCUGUGGCCCUUCUUGGGGUCAGCUGGGAGCAUCUCCUCUGCAGGAGUGGCCUAGGCUUCCUCUGGCUCUUUCCCAAGCAUGGCUGUGGGCCCAGGUGCCACCCUCCCCACCCUGGACGGCCGUGCGUGGCCUUUCUAGGCCUUUGCUGCCAGGGCCUCUCCUGGGCCCCCCAGUGUGGUUCCUGAACGUUUCUUCUGGUAAAAUAAAUCCUAGUUGCUGUA